AUGAAGACCUCCAUGAGCAUCAUCAUCUUCUUCGUAGCCGUUCUUUCCAUUUCUACUCUCUCUUUAGCCAAGAAGAGCCCUGUGGAAGCGUGCAUAAGAAGAAACAUUGCUGAAUCGCUUUCCCCUUCUCCUUCAACCAAUCCCAUAACAUCUGAUUCCGAGUUGUCAGACGACGUAUGCAGAGACGAGGGACGAAUCAUCACGUACUUCUUGAAACUGAACGGUACGUUCCCAACUUACUACGUCAAGGCAUUGUGCAAAGUUUUUGGAGACGAUGAAGAGAGUGUGAAGCAAUACGUUACCGAUAAAUGGUUGAAUCAUUCGGAGAAGGUCCUCGAUAGCUUAACUUGCAUUACAAGAAACAUCUUGAUAAUCAAGAGGAGCCCUGUGGAAGCUUGCAUAAGAAGCAACGUCGCUCGAGCGCUCUCUCCUUCUCCUUCAAGCAAACCCAUCACAUCUGUUUUUUUCGACGUAGCAGACGAAGUGUGCAGAGACGAGACACGCAUCGUCAUGUACUUCUUGAAACUGAACGGAAAGUUCCCAACUUACUACGUUAGGGCAUUGUGCCAUGUUUUUGGAAAGGACGAGAAGAAAGUGAAGGAAUAUGUUACUAACAAAUGGUUGAAUCAUUCGAAGAAGGUCCUCGAUAGCUUAACUUGCGCUUCUCUAUAA